AUGAAAUUUUAUUUGACCCCUGUAAUCCGACAGUAUGGACUGGUUGUGACAGUGAAUCUAGCAGUUCUAACGACUGGCAUGAGUCUUGUUUGGGCGUCACCAUCGCUAGUAAAGUUGCAGAAUGAGUUCGAGACGCCUCUAUCGAGACCUAUCACAGACGAGGAGGGUUCAUGGGUUGUUGCUGGAGGUUUUUUGAUCGGACCAUUUAUCAACAUCAUCGUAGGGAUGACAAUGGACCGAAUAGGCAGGAACACCUGUAUUUUGUUAUUGACAAUACCAAAAUUGUGUGGGGCCAUUGCGCUAAUCUUUGCCAAUGAAAUUUGGAUGAUUAUAUUAUGCAGAAUAAUCAUGACGGUGGUCGAUACUUUAACAUUAAUCACAGUCCCGAUUUACGCUUCUGAGAUGGCUAAUAAAGAACAUCGCGGCUCUUUAGGCACAUUGCUUCAAUUUUUCUCAUCUCUGGGCGUGGUAUUCACACUGUCAGUCGGUCCGUUCCUCUCUUACAGCACCUUUAGCAUUGUUCUUGCAAUCGUCAUAGCCGCCCUGACCGUGCCUAUACUGUUCUUGCCGGACACGCCCUUUCAUUUGUAUUCAAAAGGUUAUACAGAAGAAGCGAUAAGAGUACUAACAGUAAUACGAGGUUCGCAAGCACUAGCAAAAGAAGAGUUAGAAGAAUAUAUUGCGUCUAGUAAAAAAACAGAGAAGAAACUAGAUAAAGCUGAUUUGUUUAGAAAUAAAACGUUCUUAAAAGCAUUGGGUUUAGGUUUUUUGAUAGGUACUGGGAGUCAAUUAAUCGGUUCAAACGCGAUUAAUUAUUACUUACAAACAAUUCUUGAGUCGACUAAAACCAGUGUACCAUCAGAAAUAGCUUCCGUUAUUAUAGGAGUAAUUCAGUUGUUGGCAAGCGUGUGUGCGACGCUGAUUAUGAGAAAAUUUGGAAGAAGGACCAUCAUGUUGACGACUCUUGUUGGUUUCUUCCUCGGGAUGAUGGGGCUUGGAACAUUUUUCCAGAUAAGUGGAAGUGAAGGCUAUGAAAUAACUGGUUUUAUGAACUACUUGCCGAUUGUGUCAUUGAUCCUCAUCGUUUUCUGCUUUAGUGUUGGAAUUGGGUCACUGAUGUGGAUUGUAAUAUCUGAAUUGUUCGAAGGACCAUCAAGAGCAGUAGGAGUAUCCACCAGCCUUACAUCUGCUACCAUUUUAAUAUUCAUAACCACUAAAUAUUUCGCCUUCAUGACCUCAGCAUUGGGUCCUGCUCCUACUUAUUGGUUUUUCAGCUUAAUGUCAGUUUUACUUUUUAUACUAAUCGCCAUUUUCUUGCCAGAAACAAAGGGUAAAUCGUUCAGCGAAAUUCAAAUAGCAUUAGGUGCAAAAGUCAACAUGGAUGCUAUCGAAGCGAAUAGCAAAAAUAAUGUA